AUGACUGUCAUGGGAGAGCGCCACCGGCUCUCCAAGGUGGUGGUGUACGACACACUGUACUGUGUCCGCCAGGUGUUGGUGUGUGACGCGCUGGGCCUGCCGUUCCGGGACGAGUCUGCGGACGCGGCCGUCUCGGUGGCCGUGAUCCAUCACCUGGCCACCACCGAGCGCCGCUGUUUCGAGAGCCAAGACGUGCUGGUGCCGUGGAAUCAGCAGCAAACCAGCGCCAGCGAGGAGGUGCCUUCCGUGGUCGAGCCGGAGGCCAUCUCUACCACAUCGGACGACGACCUGCUCAACUACAGCGCCUUCACGCACACCAGCGACAGCGACUCGUCAAGGUCGACCAGGUUUCACGUGCGGCGGACGGGCCGGCGGCCGCGGAGGAUCCGCUCAAUCGACCCGACCAUGGCCAGUUCGUCGCAAAGCUCGUCGGGCCUCUCGUCGCCCAGCGAGUCGUGCUACAGCUUCGUCCGUCGGGCGCUGCAGAAGCUGGCCCGUCGCGGGGAGGUGGACGGCUCGCGGCCCUGGAUCCUCUCGCCCUGGACCAGCUACUCGGAGAUGAAGCCGACCAAGUCCGGCGACGCGACCGACGGCAGCCAGCUGAUCGAGAUCCGGCUGGAUGAUGACGUCACGGGUCUGGAGGAAGCGCCUCGCCGGCGCAACACUCUGGGCUGCGACGCGCCGGCGGCCGGCGCCGCCCAGCCGCUGGGCACCUUCAAGUCGCGCAGUGUCGGCGACAUGUGGAGCCUGCUCUUCGCGUUCGACGAGGCGACGGCGGUCAGCAUGGAGCGAUCUCACAGCAGCAGCUCGGCGCUGCUGCAGCAGCAGGCGGCCAAGAAGGGCAGCCGCAAGUCCGUCACCUUCUCCACCCAGUCGCUGACGCUGCCGCGCGAGAAGCUCGCGCUCACCGUCAUUGGCGAGAAGUCGAAGAGCGACAGCGCGCCACUGACCACCGUGCCGGAGAACGAUGUGCGCGAGGAGACGGUCGAGCCGGCGGCGCCGAAGCCGUCGCUGGUGCGACAGCGACGAUUGGCGGACGAGUCGGGCGUGCCGCGCGUGCUCAGCGAGGAGACGCCCUCGGUCGGUCGGCCGGUGCGCGGUAUACUCAAGCAGGCGUCGCUCAACGAGAAUCUGAUGCGUCGCGAUCGGACGGGUGAGCGCGACCAGAUCCGCGCCAAAAUCCGCAAGCAGCAAAGCCUCAACGAGAACGUCAUUUACGGCAAGAUGGCCGGCAGCCAGGAGGUGCCGAAGCCGGCUCACUUCGCCAACUACAGCCGUCUGCGCGCGCUGCGCGACAACUUGGGCAAGCUGAGCGAGAGCCUGGAGAAGCUGGCCGACAAGGACCAGCCGACGUCCGCGCUCAAGAAUGGUUUGGUUAAGAUCGUGCGCCAGCUGACGGACGGUACAGCGCUGCGCCCGGACGCGUGCGACGAGGAAGGGGUUCAGGGUCCGCCCCCGGAGGCUCAGCAGCCGCCCGCUGUGAUGCUGGCGGCGCCCUGUAACGGACUGGCCGCCGAGAUGGCGCUCAAGAGCGUGGCGGAGAGACUGGAGAACCCGCCAGUGGAGUCGAGCUCCAGGGCGCCGGCCGCCGCGCUGCCCGGUGGAGCCACAUGCACGCGCGCCGACAGAAGAACGCUAUACCGCUACUGCUCUCGCGAACGGAAAACCUCGCGCGAGGAAAGCUCGGACAGCUCCAAGGAGAACAGCUUCCAGAGCGACACCAGCCUCGACUCUGAGGACAGCUGCGUCUCCGUCAUAUACGUGCCGAAACUGGACGCUGCCGAGGUGGAGGCCAAGGAGCGCAGCCGCUCCGCCUCCAGCGAGUCGUCGGACGGCUCCAACGGUAAGGUGUCGCCCAAAUCGCCGCUGACCGGCACCCUGCCCUCCUCGCCCACCCGGCUGCCGUCGGCGCCGAUCCGAAUCAACACCCUCAAGAGCCUUCCCAAGCUGGGCGCGCAGGUCUUGCAGAGCCACCUUCAGGGCCGGUUCCAGUUGAUGGACCCGCCGCUGGGCGUGGUGCCGGCGUCCGAGUCGGAGGCGGUAGGUCCGCCGGCGCCGUCACCGUCGCCGGUCGAUGUCACUGCUGAGCUGGUGGUGCCACAGACGGAAACACUCGGCCAGCUGCCGGCCGGCGGCUGUCCCGCCGUCGCCGCACCACCGGCCGAUGAGAGUGCCCCGACGCCGGACGCCAGCGCACCGGCGAAGCACGGCCCCCUGCCAGACGUGGUGACGAGCAGUGGCGCCACCUGCGGCGGCCGGCCGGCCGGCGUCAGCAGCCAAGUGUCGUCGCUCAUCAUGGGCGAAAACAUCGAGAUCAUCCGGCGGCCUGGCGUGCAGGGCUUUCGCAACGUGCAGAUCGUGCGCCGGGCCGCGCCCAAGUAUCUCACGUUUGAGGUGUUUAACCCGGAGACGGAUGACCUGGACAGCGAGAGCUCGUGCGCCAGUAGCAGCGCCAGCAGCCCCAGCAGCGCUUGCAGCGUCAUCAGCAUGGCCUCCGACUGGCCCUCGGCGCAAGAGAUCCAGGAGCUGGACCGCGAGAUCGAGCAGCAGCAGCGAGACCGCCUCAGCGAGCGGGAGACAGCGAACGGCGCAGCGCCGGCGGCGGCGGGAGCGCUGGCAGAGUCCGGCCCCGGGCCCGCGUCGGCCUCCCACCUGGCGGCGCCCUCCGAGACGGACGACAGCCUGAGCAGCUCUCCGGAGCCGCCGGCGCGGCUCAGUAGUCCGCGCGGCCGCCGCAAGGUGACGAUGGCGCGGCUGGAUGCGCCGCCGCUCGAGCAGGCGACGGCGGCGGGCGAGGAGGAAAAGGGACCGGGCAGCCGUCAGGCGUCCUCGGAGGAGUCUCUGCCGUCGGACGUGGGCGGCGCGCUCGGCCACCAUCGCUACUACCACGUGUUCCGCGAAGGCGAACUGGACCGGCUGAUCGAGAAGUACGUGGACAACCUGCAUAUUAUCUCGUCGUACUACGAUCACGCCAACUGGUGCGUGGUGGCGGAGAAGGUGCAGGUGUGGACCAUCUAGCGACAUUGACGGCACCCCGAUCUCGCUCUGUGAUUCCUCGGUCUGCCCGCCCGUGUUGAGGAUGAGAAUGCUCGCAUGUAUCGCUCACUCAGACAUCGUUUCAUGGAUCCCCGGAGGCUGUCAAGGAUUCAUGUCAGUUAUGGUCGGUCUCCAUUCGCCGUUAUGGGCUUGCGCACAGUAGUUAAGAACUCCCUGUUGUGCGUAAA